AUAAAUUACUUACUAUGAUUAAAUAUCUGACAGCUUUUAAGUACAGGAGUAAUACAGUUGAGUGUUUGAGUAAACAGUGUCUGUAUUAACUCACUGUAAGGUUCAGCAAAUCUGUAUGCGUAAGCUAAAGCAGAGAGAGCAACUUUUGUAGGAAAUACAUUCCUGGCAGGACUUGUCUAGCAAUUCUUAGAGCUGCUGAAAAGCAUGACUUCCUCUUCUGUUGUUGAUAAACCUGCGGUAAGACGGGUUGCUAUCUUCGGAGGAACUCAUGGCAAUGAGUUAUCAGGGGUAUUUUUGGUCAAACACUGGCAAGAGAAUGGAGCUGAGAUUCAAAGAACAGGAAUGGAAGUGAAGCCAUUUCUUACCAACCCAAGAGCCGUGAAGAAGUGUACUCGAUACAUUGACUGUGAUCUGAACCGUGUUUUUGACCCUGAUAAUCUUGGCAGGACAGUGGUGGAAGAUAUUCCAUAUGAAGUGAGAAGGGCUCAGGAAAUCAAUCAUAUAUUUGGCCCCAAAGGUAGUGAUGAUGCGUAUGACCUUAUUUUUGACCUUCACAACACCACUUCUAACAUGGGUGGUACCCUUAUUCUUGAAAACUCCAGGGAUGACUUUACAAUUCAAAUGUUUCAUUACAUCAAGAACGCUUUGGCUCCAGAACGCUGUCCCGUUUUGCUGAUUGAACAUCCUAGCUUGAAAUACGCAACAACUCGAUCUGUAGCAAAACAUCCUGUUGGUGUGGAGGUGGGUCCCCAGCCACAAGGUGUUGUUAGAGCUGAUGCUUUGGACAAAAUGAGGAAGAUUGUCAAACACGGCCUCGAUUUUGUGCAACUUUUUAAUGAAGGAAAGGAAUUUCCACCAUGUACAAUUGAAGUUUUUAAAAUAAUGGAGAAAGUAGAUUAUCCCAGGAAUAAGAAUGAUGAAGUUGUUGCCAUUAUUCACCCUAAACUGCAGGAUCAAGACUGGCAGCCGCUGAACAAUGGCGAUCCUCUAUUUCUGACUCUUGAUGGAGAAGUAAUUGCAUAUACAGGGGACUGUACAGUCUACCCAACCUUCAUUAAUGAAGCUGCGUACUAUGAAAAGAAACAAGCUUUUGUAAAAACAGUGAAAAUGAAUCUCACUGCAAAGCACAUCAGAGCCUCGGUCUUAGACCAGAGCACUUCUUAAAAGCUUGUUACAGAUUUUCAAUACAAAAAGUGGAUUUCUUCUCUGGGAAAUCCUGUGCAAUUCGGUAGUAAUUGAUGGAAUAAAUAAAUGCAGAAUCUAACUUUCAACUGUAAUUUAAUUAACAUUGAUGAGCACUUUUAAGAUGAAAUAUACUGUCUUAACGCUAAUUAUGAUUGUUUACUUGUUUUAAUACAUUACUAUAGAUGCAGAGAAUAUUAUUUUUAUGAAGUUUGUUAGUUCACGCUACAUAUAAUGAUUAAACAGUGUACUGCAAACGCGUUAGUGCCUAUAAAACUUACAUCCAGUGUCAUAUAGAAAGAUGCUCAUCCACAAAACUCUACUAUAUUAACAAAUUACAGCAUUUCUACUUUAUAACCCCAAACCUCCAAUAACUAACACUUUUUAAAAUUACGUGAUCCUUGACACUAAUUCCUCGGACAAACAUUCAAAAUGUGAGACGGGGGAGAGCUAGGGAGAGAGAAACAGGGAGGGUAUGGAUAUUGAAGUUCUUUUGUAUUGUCUGCAUUUGUGACUAACCCCUAUGGCGCUGAGCUGGCAGCCUUAGGGUUUGCUUUUGUACUUAGGAAGAUACAAAAUAAGCUAAAGACACAUGAUUUCUGAGAAAUAUACUAAAAUGAAAUGUAAAGCUUUCUAAAUUUGAAGUAUUACAAGAUUAAUGCAAGCUGUUUCUGAUUUAACAUUAAAGACAAAAAGUAUCUAGUAGUCGGAAACAUACUGGAGCAAUAUUCGAAUUCAGGAAAAAGAUGUGCUUUUUCCCAUGGAAGCUUUUGAAGAAAGUUUCUGUCGCAAUGGAGAUGAGUUUAUAGCUUUAUAACUUUCUGGGUGUAUCCACCUGCUGCUUGGAACAUUUUCCAAAUAAAAUUGUAAUCGACUGCUGUACCCCAAAAGUUCUCAGUGGAGAAGCAGGAUUAGGUAAUUACUCAGGGGUUGAUGAAGAGCAACGCACAAACCGUACCUGAGUAUUUCAGAACGGAAAUUAAGAAGAAUUCCAUACGGGGAGACUUUUCAAUUUUGAGACCGAUUUGUUCCAUAGCUGUAGAGAGAAAGCUUGCCAUAGCAGCUGAAAAAGAGAAGAAAAUGGGGAUUUAAUUAAUUUUCUAAAGUUGCUUUUAACAUAUUUGACUAUAAUUGGGGAUAGAGAAAACAUUAAGAACUUUGCAUAAGGAUACAAUAACUGGCUAUUUACUGAAAGAUCUGUUGUCUAGAUAACCCCCCAAUUAUAUCUUUUGAAAAGUGACGUCUUCCUUAUUUGCUGCUAAGCCAAAAUCUUUUUUUCCUUGCUUUGUGUAACUGCUAUGGUAAUCAAAUAAAAACACAGAACAGAAAAUUUA